CUCUCUCUCUCUCUCUCUCUGCUUAGUUGAAAAGAAGUGGGGAGGGUAGGUUAACUUGUAAAUGAAGUGGUCGAAUACGUGACCGAAAUCUCAACAAGACCACCCAAUCUGCAAAUAUGUAACGCCCGGACUAAACCUUGGAUAAUAUUUCCGAAUGGAAAACAUGAAAUUCCCUAUUAGAAGCACAAAGAAGCUGUGUUUUUACGCGGCGUUGUUGGUGUCGCUUACGAGCGACCUGGCAAUGGGAGCCUCGUUCUAUGGCGAUGGCUAUGUGCAGCUGAAGACAGUGGAGUCGUCGAACCGUAACUCCCUGCGUGUUCGUUUCCGUACCUCCAGCCCCCACGGCCUGCUCUUCCUCGCUGCCGGCCACACAGACUACCUUCUAGUGGAGCUGAACGCUGGUCGCCUGCAGGUGAAGCUGGAACUGGGCUCUGGUGAGCGGUUGCUGAGAUCAGAGAGCAGCACCCAACUAAACGACCUGGCCUGGCACACUGCUGAGAUCCUCCACGACCGCCAUAAUGUCACCCUAACUAUGGACCAGUACUCCCACACCAGCCUCAGGAUGCCUGGGCACUGGUCUCAGAAGCAGGAUCUUACCAUCCAGGAUGGGCUGUACGUCGGCGGGUCUGGAGGCCUGGACAAGCUCUACCUACCCAAUGACCUAACAGGAUUCAGGGGGUGUGUGGAACAGGCUGUUUUCAACGAGAACAACAUGUUAUCGUCGUUGAGACCAUACGCUGGAUUCAAGAGUGUCUAUGAGGUUUCUUUGGGCUGUAGUCCCCAGUUCUUUGCCGGCGAGGAGGAUCCUGUUAGUUUCUUUAGUUCAAGAGCGUAUGUCUCCCUGCCACCCUGGAACGUCUCCCACAACCAGCAAGAGGCGCUGUUUGAGUGUGUGGUUCACACAUCGGCUAAAGAGGGGAUUGUCUUGUACAACUCGGCCAGACAAGGGGACUUUGUGGCAGUUGAAAUCCAAGAGGGGCUGCUGGUGGCCAUCGUGGGUAAAGGAGGCACCAAGACAGAACUUAAAUCCCUCACCUUUGUCAAUGACAGGAACUGGCAUUCAGUGAAGAUAUUCUUUACCCCCAAGACCCUACAGCUGACAGUGGACAAGGAGACAGUGAAGACUAGCAUCAGCUCUCGCACCAAGGGACUUCAGUUAAGAGGGUCGCUGUUUGUGGGGGGCAUUGAUGACAGCACACGUUCAGAAGUCAGGAAGAUGGGUCUGGUGUCUGUGUUGGGAAACAGAGUCCGAGGAGGUUCUUUUAAGGGCUGCCUGAAGGACAUGAAAGUCAAUGGGGUCAUGAUGGGUCUGCCUAAUGCUGUAGUCACUAAAGAUAUAUCAGUGGGCUGCGAGCCGGAGAAAGAACCAGAGCCCUCGACCACGAUGGGUCCAACUACUAUCCCGACUGUCCCCAACUCCCGGUUCGAUCCCACUUCGGUCACCCCUACCCCAAAAUUCCCUAUGUUCACUCUGGCCAGGGGGCUGGUCAAGAAGUACGGGGCCAACUUCGUGCUGCUCAGGAACCUUGUAGUCUCAGAGGGCGGGCGUGGGUCUCUAGAGUCCAAGCACAUCAAGGUGCUCCUGGACUUCAAGAAGCUCGGGGUACGCCAGUCUCAGAUCAUGUUCCGGAUCCAGGAACAGCCGGUGCACGGUCAGAUACGAUUGGAUGUGGACCAGGACCAAGAGGAGAACAUCUUUAGCAUGCUAGACCUGUGGCACGGCAGGGUGAUGUACAUCCACGGAGGAUCAGAGGACCCAGAAGACUUUUUCACUUUCUCUAUAUUCUCUUCCUCCAGGAAGGAGGUUCCCACAUACCUGCAGGGGACGAGAAGGUACCGCUACAACAUCACAGUGACCCCCACCAAUGACGCCCCAGAGCUCAGCCUGCCCCAGGGGAACCUUUUCGUCCUGUUGGAGAAUUCUAGAAAACUCCUAACCAAAGAGGUGUUGAAAGCCACAGACAUUGACAGCAACCACACCGACCUGGUCUUCUCCAUCCUGGGGAACCUGAACCCUGACGCUGGUUAUCUGGAGGUGGGAGAUAACCCCGACACUGCAGUGACCACGUUCUCCCAUUCUGAUCUGGAGGAAGGGAAGGUGAACUAUGUCCACACUGGGGUGAGGAACUCCAGGAUCGUGCUGAGGGUCAGUGAUGGAGACAAGGUGAGCAACACGGUGGUUCUGAGGAUCAUGGCCAUAGGUUUGGAGUAUAAGAUUGCCAACAACACUGGGCUUGAGAUCAUUCAAGGUGAGGUAGCUGUGAUCAGUAACAAGCAACUGGCCAUUCAGACCAAUGCCGUGAAUCAAGUGGUAGACAUCCGAUAUGAUGUCGUCAAGCCACCUCGGUAUGGGGAACUUCAGAGGCUUCACUCCAGCGGAGAAUGGAAGCCCACCGGUUCUUUCUCCCAAAGGCUGCUGGAGAAAGAACGCCUUCGGUACCUCAGCACUUUCCAAGAAAUCCAGACUGCCACUGCUACGGAUGACUUCAAAUGCAAGGUCACUGUAGCAGGAAGAGUUGACACUGAACUGGUCUUUCCAGUCACAGUGAAGUGGGUACAUUAUAACCUAGUCAGGAACGUAAUGGCCGAUAUUAAUAAAGUUCGGAAGGUGACGUUGGACUCACACUAUCUUUAUGCCACAGUGGACAUUGUGACACUAUCCGAGGAUGAUCUUCACUUCAGAGUUCUCUCCUCGCCGAAGAAAGGACAACUUCUCCUUGUUAACGAGUUAUUGAAGAAAAAUUCAACUUUCAGCCAAAGAAAUGUCACUGAUCUAAAGGUUCUGUACGAACUGGUCGACAGACCGUACGAAGACACAAGUGACACGUUUAAAUUCCAAGUGUUCUCCAAGCAUGCUCAAUCACAAAGUUACGAUUUCCAGAUCUCAAUAAAAGCUGACGUCAACAGCGUAUUUAUAAGAAAUUACAAACUAUCUAUAAUGGAGGGAGAGAGUAAACUCAUCACAAAAGACGAGUUGUUUGCAGAGACUCUUAGCACCAAGGAGCUGUACUACACCGUUACAAGUAGCCCCAAACAUGGGAAGCUAGCACGCAUCAACCUGUCCAACUCUAACGGCAGUUACAACAACAUCCUAACGUUCAGCAACCAGGAUCUCUUGGAGGAGCGCGUCAUGUACAUCCACGACGACACAGAGACCACUCAGGAUCAGUUCACAUUCAUAGCCUCCACUAGUCAGGAGUCUAAAUCCUCCGUCACAGACGAAGAAGUCGGAUCCAAAGAAGGGACGUUUAACAUCUCCAUCCAGCUAGUUAACGACGAAAAGCCGGUGCGCGUUGUCGAUAAAGUCUUCCACGUGGUGAGGGACGGGCAGCGGUUGCUAACCCUGGACGAUCUCUGUUACCAUGACGCAGACUCGGACUUCAGCGACGGGCAGUUGGUCUACACGCGACGGGGAAUCCCGAUGGGAGACCUGGUUCUGGUGAACGACACCUCUCACAGGCUGUUCCAGUUCACCCAGAAGGAGCUGGAAGAGAAGAGAGUGUUGUUCCUCCAUCGAGGCGUGAACUCCGGACGCUUCGUGCUCUUCGUGUCUGACGGGAAACACUUAGUCUCCACUCUGCUGGACGUCAGCGCCCACGACCCAUUCCUGAGCCUCGGCAACAACACAGGUCUGUUGGUCCAGAAGGGAAAGGAAGUGACCGUAACCACCGGUAACUUCAGCGUCCUCACGAACCUCAAUGUCCGUGAUGACAGCGAAGUCACCUACAAGGUGUCCGAGCCUCCUAAGAACGGCUGGUUGUAUCGCCACGGAAACAUCUCAGUGGAGUUUACACAGCACGACCUGAAGAAGGGCCUCGUCUCGUAUCGCCAUGAUGACACCAAGAACCUGGCGGAUUGGUUCAGUGUCACGGUUAAGGUUAAAGGUCACGUCCUGAAUGCCAGAAUCAACGUUAAGGCUUACCUGGAGAGCCAUCAGAGGCCCCCUAUCCUCCAGCACAACAACACUUUACUGGUGGAGGAGAGCAAACCUGUGAAGAUUGACGGGAGUAGACUGGAGGUGACCCACGAGGACAACCUGCCAUCUGAGAUUGUAUUUACAGUGAAGGUGGCUCCACUACACGGGUUCCUGCGGCGCUUCGUGGAGGCUGAGGAGCAGUAUGUUGGAACUGAACAGAUCCCCGUCCAGACCUUCUCCCAGGAAGACGUCAACGCUGGCAACAUCCAGUACAUGCAGACGACCCCCAGCCAGGUCAACGACACAUUCCUAUUGGACGUCUCUAACGGUGUCACAGAGGUCAACAGUAUCAGGAUAUCCGUGGACAUAAUCCCCCGCCUCAUCCCUCUCCAGGUGUCCAAUUUCACCCUGAGAGAGGGCGGGGCCAAGGCCUUGACACAGGAAGUGCUCAGGGUCACCAACCGACACUUCUCUGGCCUGAACUUCCUAUACAGUGUGACUGAGCCGUCGCAGAACGGAUAUAUUGAACAUUCACGUCACCCCGGUGUUCCUGUGCUGUCUUUCACCAGACGCCAGGUGGAGCAGGAGUUAAUCUACUACAUACAUGACAGCAGUGAGACCUUAGAAGACAACUUCACUGUGGUGGCCAACGACACAGGCCUGAGGAAACAGAGCUCUCCCUGUACCGUGUACAUCCAGGUCACAGCCGUCAACGACCAGCAUCCAGUCAUCACCGCCAACAGGGUCCUCAGGGUGUGGGUGGGGUCGGUCACAGAGAUCCACUCUGACGACCUGGAUGCCCAGGAUGAGGACACGCCCCCUGAGGAGCUGCAGGUGAUAGUGACUCCGCCUUCUAAUGGCCACCUGGUGCUGAAGAGCGCCCUCGCCAGGCCGCUCCUGAACUUCACCCUGCAACACAUCCAUCUGGGACAGCUGCUGUUCGUCCACAGUGGUGCCAUGUCUGGAGGGUUCAACUUCCAGGUGAACGACGGAGUGAACUUCGCCCCCCGACAGAUCUUCAGCAUCACAGCCAGCGCCCUGGUCCUCAGCCUGGAGAUUAACAGACCUCUCAAAGUGUUCCCAGGCUCUACUACACCAAUCACCAAGGAGGACCUGCAGGCGUUGACCAAUGACAAGAGCGACACAUCCAACCGCACCAUUACCUUCAACGUGAUUCGUCGACCAAAACUAGGCAGACUGGUGACAGUGCUGGCCGAUAAUUUCACUGUUGACGUCUCUUCCUUCACACAGACCAUGGUGGACCAGCGGGAGAUUCUGUACAUCCAGAGUCUUGUGGCGUCGGUUGGCUGGUCCGCUAUGGACUCAAUGACCUUCUCAGUGUCCUCACCUCCAGCUUCCCUAGAGAACGAGACCUUCAGGAUGGACAUCUCCUACGAGAAUGCUGGACCCGACCGCAAGACUCUGCUCCUCGCUAACACAGGUGCUGUGGUGACCGAGGGUGACCACAUCGUCAUUGACAAGUCCAAGCUGGAUGCGUCUAACCUUAUGUCCAAGCUGCCCACACCCCAGCGCAGCUCUCACGAGAUCUGGUUCCAGGUAAAGUCUCUACCCCAGCAUGGGGUCAUUGUGGUGGGAGAGAGGAACCUCACUGUGGAGAAACCCAACUUCUCCCAGUACAUCCUCAACAAGUAUGGCAUCACGUACCGGCACGACGACUCCGAGACACUCCACGACCACUUUGUCUUCGACACCUGGCUGAAUCCCAAGGGUAAGCCGGCCCAGCGCCCUCUGGAAGACAGCCAGGUUCUGGAGGAGUGGUUCAACAUCACGGUGAUCCCAGUCAACGACCAACCGCCCGUUCUGAAGACCAAAGCCCCCAGCCUGAGCGUGGUGCAGGGGGACACAGUGGCCCUGGGGCCGGAGAACCUCACUGUGGAAGACUUGGACAACCCUUCAGAGGAUAUCCAGUACACUGUCGUCAGCAAGCCCAACAACGGCUAUCUGGCCCUGGGAGGAAGCCUGAACGAGUCUGUGGUGUCCUUCACUCAGGCUCAGAUUAACAGUGGGAUGGUGUACUUUGUUCAUGAUGGAAGCCGGGCUUCUGGGGUGUUUUAUUUUAGUGUUUCCGAUGGCCAUCACAAACCGGUCUAUAAACUCUUCAACCUCGAGGUGACGGAGAUCACCAUCUCCCUUGUCAACAACACUGGGCUGGCUCUGGAGCAGGGACAGACGUCCGUGGUUUUAACCCAGGAGAGUCUGGUGGCAGAGACCAAUGGAAAAAACACAACGGUUCACUACCGGAUCACCGCUGCGCCACGGUACGGCAAGAUCCUCCGGCUGGAUGACCAGGAGGUCAACCAGUUUGAGCAGGAGGACUUAAGGACGGGUAGCUUGUUUUAUCACAUGACGGCCCUCACGUCUGGUCAGGACAGCUUUGAGUUCACCGCGUUUACAUCGGAAGCUAACCUGACAAACCAGGUUGUCAACAUCACAGUUAAGCCCCUGGUCAGGUUUGGCGAGGGGGUGAGAAUAUCCAAUGGCAUCGUGGUCAAACUCAACACUGGUUUCCUCAACGCAACUGAGCUGGCUUCUCUAUCCGUCAGUGACCCUUUCUUCGAGGUCGUCUCUCAUCCAAAGUAUGGAAAGCUGGUCCGAGGAAAACCCAAAGCUGGUAAGAACACCGAGCCACUGGGGUCUUUCUCCUUCCAGGAUGUGAAGCAGGAGAGGCUAUCCUUCGAGCUCAACGCUAACAUGACUGGAGUGCAGGAGCUGAACGACUCGCUGGUGUUCAUUCUGAAAGCGGAGAACGUCCCACCUGCCAGGGGAGAGUUCCGGUUCACUAUCGUUCCGUAUGAUCCAUCGCUAGUUCUAACCACCAAGAGUCCCAUCCUGACCACCAGCAGUCCUUUCUCUCAGCCUCUGAACCAAACGACAGUGUUCGGUGUUGGGACGGCACUACCCUCUCUGUCCACCUCCCUCCUUUCCACACAGAGACCCAGCAAGACCCACCAGAAGUUCAAAGGUCGCAACCGCUGGGGGAACACCAACAGGAAUGACUCGGCAGGUACAGAUACUACUCUGGGCAAGCCCACCCUGAGUAAAGGAGACGACAAUGAGAUUUCCUUUGUGAAUACACCGGUCCGAGUAGAGUCAUACCCGCAAAAGUCUUCCAACCUGAUAUUGGUGAUCCUACCUCUCCUGGCCAUGCUCUUAUUGGUCAUCAUCCUGGUGGUGCUGGUUUUCCUGCUGCGACGCAACAGGAAGAGGAAACAGAAACCUGUCACCUCGAAGCCGCCAGCCUCACCCUCGCCCUCAACCCCACCGGCCUAUAAUGGCCAGUCGCAGAGGAGCGUGGCUGUUCCCACGGUAACGGUGACCCCACUGAGCCCCAGUAGCCCUGCCCUGGACAGGCUGCUUCCUUCAGCCAAUCAGGGCUUAGUUAGCAACUCCACAUCACUGCUACUUUGCUCGUGGAACGGUGUAGAUCCAGAGAGUUCAGCCCAGCUCAUUAGGACCACACCCCCCACUCUACAGCAGAACCAAUACUGGGUAUGACUCUGUAGCUGUACGUCCUAGGGGAGGGAUGGGGAAGUGGACUGUGUACACUAACAUCCAUCCCCACCAACCCCACUCAUCGUUACACUGUAAACCAUGACACUACUGUACUAUUUGUUUUGUGAUAUAAUCAAAGCAUUUUCUACUGAAGCUAAGCACAAUCAGCACUGGGAAUUCCAACCACUAUCCCAACUUUGCAACAUAAUUAGUACUGGGAAUAACAACCACUAUUCCCACAUAACAACCUAAUUUGGAGCUGGUAGCCUAUCACUGCUGAACAAAAUAGACACAAUCAUGAAUAGGUACUGACCACUAGUCCAACUCACCUCUACCAACUACUGGGAACAUGUUCAGUAAUAUAUCAUUCAUGUCCAGUAUUGCUAUUGCAGAAGUUACCCCUCCAAACCCAGUGUGGGGUUUCAAACAAACCGCAAUGCGUGGACACUGCACAGCUUAAGUGUAAAUUACAUUUUUUUUUAAAGAGCGAAUAGAAUAGAAUUUAAAAUAUAAUUCAACUUUAUAGUACAAUUGGUUAGAACCAAAUGUGUCUUCUGUCUUUCUCAACCCCCCCCCCGUAUACACAAAUGCAGUGUGAUGUUGGCGCAAUGUGAAUCCUAGCCGUAUUGACUCUACAGUACUACACAUGUUAAUAUUGAUGUUUGCUAGCAUGGUUACUGGGUUGAUGUAUCUUCCAUUAAGUCUCAUUGGAUUAUUAUUAUUAUGAGCAAUGAUCACCGUAGAAAGGAAACACAGCGUAGAAAUGUUGUUCCACCAUUUAUUAAAGAAGUAAAGUAAUGCAAGUCUUAUAUAGGCGAUAUAGGCUCUGACUUUCGGGGUUUUAGCUCAAAGCCCAAGCAAAGCGUCAAUAAAUAAGAUGACCUACAAGCAGUGAACGUGGUUAAAUGAUACGAAUCCCCCAGCAGGAGAACAGAAAAAGGAAGUAGAAACUCAAAACACAUGAACUACAAAAGGCUGGCGAGGGAAGGACGGCUCAUAACUAGCAGUGAGUUUCACAGGCGGCUGGUGGCGCCUUAAUUAGGGAGGAUGGCUCAUAACAAUGGCUGGAAUGGAGUAAAUGGUAUCAACCACUCUGAAACUCUGUGUUUGAUUCCAUUCCAUUAACUUUGCUCCAGCCGUUAUGAGCCGUCCUCCCUAAUUAAGGCGCCACCAGCCGCCUGUGAUACUCACUGCUAGUAACCAUGUAUUCAUCCAAGAGAAAAUGUAAUGUACUAAAAUACCUUUGGAAUUGUAGGCUACUGCCCGUGACACCUUUAGACCUCUUCACUCACAACGGCCGGUGUGCAUUUCACCCCCUUUCUGCUCCAUGUCUCAAAGCCGUAUAGAAAAGAUCUCGCUUGUAAAGUAGUUGUUAUUUAGCUGAAUAUUGAGAGUUGAAAAAUACAAAUUAUACCUAUAGAAAGCUGGGACCCUCCUCUCCUCAACAUGAACAAGGGGACGAAGCAUCCAAACUUGUUAUCCCGCAAUUGCAUUUUGAAAUGUCAUAUGAUCAGAACAUGUUUUUCUCUCGAGCACAUGAGGGGAAAGGUAGCCUAGUGGUUAGAGAGUUGGUUCCCCGGUAGGCCGGCAUUGUAAAUAAAAAUUUGUUCUUAACUGACUUGCCUAGUUAAAUAAAAGUUCAAUUAAAAGAUAGGAGACUGGCUUGCAACAUCACAGUAGCAGGCCCCCAGCGAGGAUAGAGCGGCAGGGAAGACACUUUCAUUACAGGACUCGAGGAUAACGCACUUUACUGUUUGACCAAAUGGUUUUAGCCACACAAAACAGGACGUUAUGAGUGACAAUGUAGAAUGUGCUCUUUCUACAUUUAUAGGCUCCCUUUUUAUUUUUAUGAUCCAUGAUAUCGGCUAACUGAUGAUGGAGUCGACGCAGGUCUCUUUGCUGAUGACGCGUUUGACUUUCAAUGUGAGUUUGAGUGACCUCAUCUCAGCCUGAGGAAACCGGGCUAAUGCCCACUGACCUCAGCCUGAGGAAACCGGGCCUCUGUCCGCUGACCUCAGCCUGAGAAAACCGGGCCUCUGUCCUCUGAUCUCAGCCUGAGGAAACCGGUCCUCUGUCCGCUGAUCAGCCAAAUGCUAAUUUAUAGUAUAACAGAGAAAUUGCGGAAAAAAAAUAUAGAUUUUGAAAAAUAUCUAACAGGCCCAUUGGCCACCGGCCAUGUCAACUUCUCUAUUGUCUUAUUUGUAUAUAUACAGUAUAUGAAGAACAAAAAAAAUGGUGUGUCAAUUUCUACCCCACCCAACUAAAGAUGGUCCAGCCCAUCUGGCAUUUGCCAGAAUUGCCAGAUGGCCAAUUCGCCCCUAUUACAGUAUUACUUUUGGUACGUUGUGGUACUCACCUUAGACCAGUGGGAGUAGUGCAUAUAUUCAUGGUUUCCUGAUUUUCUUGUGAUCAAGGGAUGUCGCCUUACCACUCUCUUGUAUUGGUGUAUAUAUUUAAUUUUAUGGUAUUUUAUAAAAUAAAUUAAAACCCAUUCUUCCUACAGUGUAUGUAUAAUACAUAUUUCAAGCCAUAGUGGAAGAUCCCUGUGUAUCCUGGUACUGCUGUCAUAAAUGUUACUGCAACCCUUAAGGUUUAGGGUUUUGUUACACUGUAAAACCAGAUUGUGUCAAAUCUACCCCUUGAAAGAAAACACCUCUUUAAAAUAGACUACAUGCUUGCCAAAUGGUACUUUUCAUUAUUUUACAUUUCGACACUGAACAACAAUAUAAAACGCAGCAUGUAAAAUGUUGGUCCUGUGUUUCAAUGAGCUGAAAUAAAAGGAUCUCAGAAAUGUUUCAAUAUGCAAUAAAAGCUUGUUUCUCUCA